CAUGAACUUGACACAUGUUAGCCGUCGUCAUCUUCCUAUUUGAGUCUUGACUCACUUUUGUGGAUGGUUAGCCAAGUCCAUAUUUGAAUCGUAAUCAUGUUGUCAUCUGCUGCGGAGCCUGUGCCUAAGUGUAACAUAGGAUGUCCUAAGAUAGCUGUGAGCUAGCUACUGCGGGGAGAAUCGGACAGAUUUUGUGAAGGACUUCGUCACUGACAUCAGUAUGGCCAAACCAUCUGUCAAGUAUGCCAGCUACAUGCAGGCUCGUGGAGGUGUCCGUAAUGUCCGUAGCUCCUACACUGGUGACCGUGAGAUCAGGUUCAAGUGCUCUCUGCAGAACACAAUUCUGGAUGUCCUGAAGGAGAGACCAGGCUGGCAGGAAGUUACUGGAGAAGGAGAUUGGGAUUUCUUUUGGUGUGACCGUGAAUGGCUGAAGGACAACUACGACUCCACGUAUCUCCAGGAACAUCAGAAAAUACUUCACUUCAGGAACCACUACGAGCUUACAAGAAAAAACCUGAUGGUGAAAAAUUUGAAACGUAUGAAGAAACAGGUGGAGAGAGAGGUGGGGAAAGCAGAGGGCCAAAUAUUUGACUUCUUUCCAACCACAUUUGAGCUUCCCUCAGAGUAUCACAUCUUUGUGGAGGAGUUUAAGAAGCAGCCAGGCCUGACAUGGAUCAUGAAACCGGCGGCCAAGUCCCAGGGGAAGGGUAUCUUUUUGUUCCGAAAACUUCGUGACAUUACAGAGUGGAAAAAGGGAGAGUAUCAACCUCAGCCCGACCCCAAUCAGCAGCUGCCAGAGACGUAUGUGGUGCAGCGUUACCUGGAGAGACCUUACCUGAUUGGAGGCAGGAAGUUUGAUAUCAGGAUCUAUGCCUUGGUCAUGUCAUUCAUGCCACUGAAGGUCUGGUUGUAUAGAAGUGGAUUUGCUCGGUUUUCCAACACACGAUUUUCCCUGGACUCUAUUGAGGAUGCUUACGUCCAUCUGACCAAUGUAGCCAUUCAGAAGACGGCGCCGGAUUACGACCCGGAGAAGGGCUGCAAGUGGUCGACCCAACAGCUACGCCAGUACCUGACAGCUAAACACGGACUUCCUGCAGUGAAGACCUUGUUCAAGCAGGUGGACAACAUUAUCAUUAAGAGCUUACAAAGUGUCCAGAAACUCAUCAUCAAUGACAAGCACUGCUUUGAAAUGUAUGGUUAUGAUAUCUUACUGGACAGUGACCUGAAACCAUGGCUGAUUGAAAUCAAUGCAUCCCCAUCACUGACAGCCAGUGGUAAAGAAGAUUACCAGCUCAAAUACGGCCUUCUGACGGAUGUCAUAAAUAUACUUGAUCUGGAGAACAGACUAACGGGCAGAGAGAAGCAUGUGGGUGGAUUUGACCUCCUCUGGGAUGAUGGACCAGUGCUAGCAGAGGAGGCCAGUCUACAGAUUGACGGCGGAACGUCCACAGUGGAGAGUGUCGCGAACUCCUUCCUCGGUUGCAAGAAUGAAAGAAGAAAACAGCUGCGGGAAAUGUAUAAGUUAGUGGAAAUGUUGAAGAAGACGUGACAAACAACAUGACUCGAGCUAUUUGUGUUGAUAAACAUGUCAGCUAACUUGAUUGAUAAAAUGGAGAAGACAGCAUGCUAUCAAUAAGCAGAGUCUUAAGACUGGCGUCAUCUUCAAGGCAUUUUGUGUCAGUAUUGUUAAUAUGACGGCAUUCAGACUAACCUUUGGCAAAAUCAAAGUUUGGUUGGUUAAAUCAUCAUUAUAAAUGAUCAAGAUGAUAAUCUACAAAUAAACAAAUACAUGUAAGUAACUGCAUGAUUAUGGGUUCAUUUCAAUAGUUUCUCUCUAACUGUUAUCAGCAUAUACUUUUGUUGCCAUGGAAGCACUCUGCGCCACACACUAACAUGAAAUGGUGAAAAACACCACCAAAGGUCAACAAAUGCUCCCUUUUUUAACCCCAUGACAACUGUGAUAUAUUUUGUUAAAUUGGAUGCGAGAUUUUAUUAUUUAAACAUGUAUAAUUUUUUCUUAAAGGCAAAGGUACCAAGUUUUUAAAUGUCAUAUACACAACAUGUUUGUUAAGGCGAUGACCCUAACUAAUAAAGAUUGUGACCUUGAUGACUGUGAUAUUUUUUUUCAAGGUCAUUCAGUUAUGUUAAUUUAUGAUGAUCAUGACCUUGAAGGUUUUAAUUAAAAUCGUGUCUGCCAAAACCAUGUCACAUAUUUUGCCAGUGGUGGCAAAUAACUUUAUUGAAAGACUUUGACCUUGCUCAAGCCAAAUGUCACUGGGUGGAUUUUGUAAUAAUUAGCUGUGAACACACAAUUUUGAUCUUGGAUGCUUAAUUACUCGUAAUGUUGAACAUCAUGAGAUAUGUGUAUGUGUGUCAGAUACAGAAUGUAUCUAAUGUCUGUGAUACGGACAUUUUUGUCCCACCAUUUACUUUGCAUACACGAUUGUUUAUAGUUCAGCCUAAAAUUGCAAGGUUAAAAAAGUGACAGCUUACAUGAACAUGCAAUAUCAUCAAUAUGAAGAACUCUUGUCUCAUUGUCAACUCUUUUUGCCCCAAAGGCCUUGAAGCAUUAGUGUUUACAUCAUUUCUAAUGUAUGCAUCCGGUCAAGCAAAAAAAAGCUGUUGAAAAUCUGUCAUAUGGAUCAUUUUGUAUAAGCUUUCCACGGUGUUUGGAAUCUCUUGAUGGCUUUAGUACAAGUAUACAUGAUCUCUGACCUUGACCUUCUUUUUUAUAAUAGCAUUUUAAGACUUCUGUUUUCACUAUGGAAUGAAAGCCAUUUUUUUAACAUUUCAUUUUGACAAUAAUCAUUGUCUUUCAUUGUUUUAAAAUUAUUUUUCUUUAAAAUUAUUGCUUCAUGUCAUAUUAAAAUUUGUGAUAUUAA